AUGGAAAAGGCCCAGCUGAUUGGGUACUAUGAAAUGGAGCUACAGUCCAAACACAUCAAAUAAUCGGAGUGUGACAUUGACUCCUGGGUCGCUUAUCCUGUGCUGUCCAACGUUCAGUCACAAGACACUGAGCUAAUCGAGGCCUUUGCAGCUCCCAUCGUCAACAAAACCUCUCGUUUGAGAAAGGAGUUAGCCACAGUGUACUCGUUACCUGGACUUCAGCACAUCAAGAGGGUACGGGCAUGCAAGGAUAAGGGUAGCCCUCACCCUCUGGAGGUCAUUGUAUGCCUUGCCAGUGAUGCACCAGACAUUGACUGCAGUAAGGACAUGCACAUAUCUGAUCUGUCGUCCUCAGGUAGAUUAACCUGUGGAGGUCUAGGAGACCUUUUCCUGGUCAAGAUACCUGCAUGCCCUCCUUUGACCAGAUCACAGUUUGAGCAGGCCAACAAACACUGGCCCACCUCCUUUUAUGAGGACAACCAGGUGACGGUGGCACUGAAAGGCCAGCUGUUCACCUCCUCUCAGAAAGCCAAGAUGCAGGACUACAUGAUGGCUGCUAUGGCUGCAGCAAGAGCGGGGCAGGAGAGAGGCAUGGAGGCUGUGGGGGGCAGUCCAGAGGCAGUGAGGGUCAUCGCUGUGGGACAUGACUGCCGGGAAGGCAUUCACCCACUUCAUCACGCUGUCAUAGUCUGCAGAAUUGUGGCACGUGGGCAGGGUGGUGGGGCCUACACCCAUGAUAAGUACCCUGCCUGCCAGUUUGUUUUGCCCGACUCUUCACCCUCUGAAAUACAUGGCGCCACCACUAUGCCGUCCUGGGGGACAGGGACAGUGCAGAGGAGAGCGGUCAGCCGUACAUCUGCACCGGGUACGACCUGUACGUUACUCGAGAGCCUUGUAUUAUUUGUGCCAUGGCGCUAUUCCAUUCCAGGAUAGGCAGUCUUCUAUGGAACAGCCUCUACCGAUGAGGCAUUUGGGACUAAAUAUAAAAUCCAUGCUCAAAAAGAUCUGAAUCACCGUUUUGAGGUUUUCAAAGGAGUCUUGGGCCAACAAUUCCAACAACUGUACCACAAUGAAUUCCUAAGUUUCACAUAAUUGUUACAGGAAUGCUCUACCUUUAUAAUUGAAUAGUCUCAUGUGUCAGACUACUAUGCACACACGGUUGAUGAAUGAGAUCACGGUGUGACGAAAUUACAUGGGACAUUUUGGAUUACAUAAAUUAAAUGUUUUACUUUAUUGCAUUUAAUUUUAAACUGUAACAAAGCUUUUGCCACUGUGACAUCACUUAAAAGCAUUCACAGAUUGUUUUUAUACUUCUCUUCCACUGUAGUCAGUGCAUGCCAAAAUAUGGUUUCCAUCCAUUUCCCUCAAGAGAUUUAGCCAGUUAAGACAUAUAUGCUGCUUUUAAGGGCACAAAUGUUUUAAUGAUGUUAGAUACAGGGGCUGACAAAGCUCCAAGAAUAUCAUGGAUAAGCCAUGACCAAA